AUGGCAGCAACUUCACCUCUCCCUCUCUUCCUCACUCUCUCUCUUCUCUCCCUCGCAAUGCACGCCCGCUCCACCACCCACUGGCAAGACGUACAAGCCCUAAAGCAGCUCAAACGUACAAUCUCCCCUUCCUCAAUCCCCCCUUCCUCCUGCAUCUCCUCCUGGGACUUCUCCGCCGACCCCUGCGACUCCCUCUUCUCCGACAAAUUCACCUGCGGCCUCCGCUGCGACACCGCCCUCAAUUCCACCUCCCGCGUCACCGACCUCUCCCUGGACCCCGCCGGCUACUCCGCCUCCCUCUCCUCCAUCCCCUGGCCCUCCCUCCCCUUCCUCCAAACCCUAGACCUCUCCUCCAACAACUUCUCCGGCCCCAUCCCCUCCUCCCUCUCCCUCCUCCCCCGCCUCCGCCUCCUCUCCCUCUCCCGCAACUCCCUCUCCGGCCCCGUCCCCUCCUCCCUCUCCCUCCCCCUCCUCGAACAAUUCUACCUCGACAACAAUUUCCUCACCGAUUCAUUCCCCCCUCUCAAUUUCCCCAAUUUAAAACGCCUCGAGUUCCAAUCCAACCAACUCACCGGUUCCUUCCCUGACCUAACUCGCCUCCCAAACCUCAAUUUCCUCGACGCCAGCGACAAUUCCCUAUCCGACGCCCUCCCUCCCUCCCUACCGCCGUCGCUCGUGGAGCUCGUGGCGCGGAACAACCAAAUCGAAGGCGAAAUCCCGCCAUUGACGGCACCGAGUGUACAAGUGCUGGACCUCAGCCACAACAAACUCACUGGGUCAGUACCAGCGAGUUUGUUCAGUCACCCAAAUCUACAGCAGCUAACACUCUCCUUUAACCAACUUGAAUCGGUUCAAAUACCCGCCGGGUCGGGUCUGACCAGCUCCCUCAUAUCCGUUGACUUGAGUAAUAACCGGUUACGCGGGUUUCUACCCGGGUUCAUGGGGCUUAUGCCCCGGCUCUCGGCCCUUUCUAUGGAGAAUAACGAGCUAACCGGCCCGAUCCCGGUCGAAUACGCUAUGAAAGUAUUGAGCUCGGGCAUCGGGUCGGCCCAAUUACAGAGGCUGUUGUUGGGAGGGAACUACUUGUUCGGGGCGAUCCCGGGCGGGUUUUUGGAUUUGGAAGCGGGUUCUCUAACGGUUCGGUUAGGGGAUAACUGCUUGUACCGGUGUCCGGUUAGAUUUUUCUUUUGUGAGGGAGGGGUACAAAAGUCAACUUACCAAUGCAAAGCCUUUAAUGGUCCCUAGCAAUUUUAUUUUGCGAUAAAUUUAUUUAUUAUUUUCUCCUAGAUUUAAAUGUUUGCAUUAGUGUAACUGUUUAUGAAUAUUAUUGUGUAAUUUUGUGGCUUAAUGAACGGGAAUUUUUUUAUAUACAA